AUGGAAGCCACAACUUGUAAUGGAUCAGUGGAUGGUUCACCAGUCUUCUACCUAGUGGGAAUUCCUUCUCUUCCAGAAUCCCUCUUCUUCCUUGUGUUUUUUAUUUUCUUCUUUUUUUAUCUUCUCAUCCUUUCAGGGAAUGCCCUGAUCCUGGUGGCUGUGGUGGCAGAGCCCAGCCUCCACAAACCCAUGUACUUCUUCCUGGUCAACCUCUCAGCCCUGGACAUCCUCUUCACUACUACCACUGUCCCCAAGAUGCUGUCAUUAUUCCUGCUUGGAGACCACUUUCUCAGCUUCCCCGCCUGUCUAUUGCAGAUGUAUCUCUUUCAAAGCUUUACCUGCUCAGAAGCCUUCAUCCUGGUGGUCAUGGCCUAUGACCGCUAUGUGGCUAUCUGCCGUCCACUGCACUACCCUGUCCAUAUGACCCCAAUGACCAAUGCUGCCCUGGCAGCCAGUGCCUGGCUCACUGCCCUCAUCCUGCCCAUCCCUGCUGUGGUGCAGACCUCACACAUGGCAUAUAGUAAGAUAGCUCAUGUUUAUCACUGCUUCUGUGAUCAUCUGUCUCUGGUCCAGGCCUCCUGCUCUGACACCACACCCCAGACCCUCAUGGGCUUCUGCAUUGCCAUGGUGGUGUCCUUCAUGCCCCUUUUCCUGGUGCUUCUCUCCUAUGUCCACAUCCUGGCCUCAGUGCUUCGCAUCAACUCUAGAGAAGGACGUUCAAAAGCCUUCUCCACCUGCAGCUCCCACCUCCUUGUGGUUGGCACCUACUACUCCUCCAUUGCCAUUGCCUAUGUGGCCUACAGGGCUGACCUGCCCCUCGACUUCCACAUCAUGGGCAACGUGGUCUAUUCAAUUCUCACACCUAUCCUCAACCCUCUCAUCUACACACUGAGGAAUAAGGAUGUCAAAUCAGCUAUCAUCAAAAUUAUGUGUCUCAAAACUCACCCUGGCAUAGGAGUCCUGGGUCUUUAG